AUGGCAGACGAUGACUGGGACCCUGAUUUGGACUUCCCGGGUCUCGAUUCGUCUGCUGUCAUCACCGACGUGGGUGUGGAUCAGUUCGUUCUUUGUCAUCAGGCGCAAAUCGAGCCAAUGUUGCACAUCACGAUUGCGUUGCACAAAGGCCUCAACGGGCCGUUGACGGGUACUGGCGCGAUGGAGGCGCCAGGCGCAGGGGCGAGUAUGACUCUCGAGGUCGACUUUCAAACCCCUGGACAAGAGGGCACGCAUCACAUGAGUGUCCCCAUAGCAUCCGAGAGUGGUCAACGGGACCUAGUUCGCUUCAGAGAUAGCGGCGUGCGAGGUAGCGCGGCAAGCGCGGAUGCGGCUGAGGUAGAGAAGCUUUUACGCACUCCCCCAAGCAACAAAGAAAAAGUGGUUGGAGAAAUUGGGAUGGAAGAGGCCGUCAAGCUUCGAAAUAUGGACACUGGCGAGGACAUCACCCUGGCGGAAAUCAAAGACCGUGUUCCUCCGUCAUUGGAUCCUGGAGAGGUUUUUCGCUCGAAAGACGUAGGAUAGACCUGCUCUAGCUUUUUUUUGUGAAGGGUUUUAUUUUAGUGGGACUUUUACUCCAUCAUUUAACGAGUUACCUGUAUGAUCCGGAUGCAGAUGUCGACAGAUAGCCCUCCGUAUCUGCAUACAAAAUUGUAUUUUUAGCAGCAGGUUUG